GUUCACAAAGGACGUCGUCCGCUGCGUAGUUGUCUGCGUCGAUCUAAAACAAACAGAACACUCAACAUGAAAACUCAUUAAUCCUCUCGUCGAUGUAAACAUAAAACUUAAAAUACAGUGGAACUGCUGGUCUCCUGCAAUGGAGGAAAUGGACAAUCUUUACGCAAAACUGCAAGUUUACCUGAUGAAGAAGGAUGACCAAUUUGGUAAAUUGAGAUUUCUUACAUCGAGAACGACGAAUGAAAAUUUUAAGAACGUACAGGAGAUUUGUGACACAGUUGGAGAAAUAUUGAAGGCUUGUGGGAUUCCAACAGGAGAAAACACUUCGCUGAAAGAUCCAAAGUGUGUGCAGACUUUCAAGUAUCUUGUGUUAAACACAAAUUUUGAAUCGCAGGAAAAUUUGGGGGAAGAUCCAUUAAAUGGCUAUUUGGUGGACAUGUGCCCGCCCCUUUCGCCGUUCCUUCUCAUUGAAGUUCUCUGGUCUCUGGAGUAUGAAGAAAUUUUGGCAAGAUCGAUACUCCACGUGCCUCUGGAUUUGGCAGUCGAAUUGAUUGAAAUAUCAAAGCGUUGUGUAGCGCUCUUGGACUUUCCUCGUGCUCUGAACUUUUUGUUUCUUCUAACGGUCAACAAUUAUAAAAAACUGCAUUUGAUUGCUGCAAACGGUGCAAUAACAACGAAACUUGAGGAGAGCCUCGAAGAAUUGAUCAUUUAUUGUCAAGACUUAAUGUCUUCGUACAUCGACGUUAUUUUCAUGCGAAUAAAUGAAGUUGUGAGCAUUGAAAAAUCUGAGCGACAUGGUUUGAUCAUAAAAGCGAUGAUCAAGCUGACGCAGGAUUGCCUUGAAUGUGCAGAAAACGGUGUGAGCUUGUCGGACGAAGAAAUAAACCUAUACAAAUUGACUUUUGGCCGUGAGCCUCGCAAACUUGUCAAAGAAAAUUUCGCAUUACAUCUGAACGAGUUGGACCAAGAACUCAUUUAUAAUUUACUGAAAAAGGUGACAGAUGUUGACAUUGCGACUUACAUUGAUUGGGCUGAUCUCGAAGAUUUGUCCAACCCAACAAUGUCCCUUCAAAAGUCGCUCGGCAUAGAUUGUUACAACUUCAUCGAAUUCAUCAAGAACCACAAGAAUUCCAUAGAAACGAAUAAAUUGAUCUCGUGUCUGCAACAAAUAGCUUCGAAACCCGAACAUUCCGGAGCCACCAAUGCGAAUCUCGAUCUCGAAGCAUUGCGAAAAGGUUUGAUUGACGGAAAAAAGGAGUGUUUGAAAGGCCUCAUGGAACGCUAUCGCGAAUGGAACCACGAGAUUUACGUUGUUGUACGAAAGCAUUACGCGUCGAUGGACAAGCAAGAUUUCCUUAAUUUACUCGAAUAUCUCACGUACGUUAUGACGAAGGAGGGACAAGAAGAGCACAAACGCGACGUUUAUAUCACAGUUGUUAAAGCUCUACUUCAGCAGGAUAUCAAGAACGUUUACGAGACGGUAGUCGAUUAUAUAUUGCAGCACGAUGCCCGUAACACUCUCGAGUGCUCGUUCACCGAAGAAGCAUUCAAGAAUUUUAUUUCGCACAACAGAAAUUUGAAAACAGCGACAAAUUUGCGAAUGUUGUUGUUUUUCCUCGUUAAAAAUCCAAGUAAAUUUCUUACCAUUCUCGUGAAAAUGUGCAUCGGACAUCCCGAGUACAGCAACAUCAUGUUAACGCCGAGUGACUUCAUGCUGGUCUCUCCGAUUUUGAGUAUCCGUGAAAAACAAGAGGAAAGCUUUAUACUCGUGGCCCUCCGAAAAGUUUGCAUCGACAACGGCGAAUGGAAUUCGAAGAAAUUUUCACACCUCCUGGUAGUGCUUCUCGACGAGUGUAUUCUCGAUGUCGACGAUCUUGUCAACAAAAUAUUCAUUCCUUACCUCAAUGAGAGUUCCAAUAAUUUGCCAAAUAUUAAUUGGCUGAUGAAUUUUUUGCGAAAAGUUUUUGCAAAUCUCACUGAAAAGACAAAUUUCGAGGUUCUGUAUCUGACGAUCAUGAAAAAAAUGUCGAGCAUACGAAAUGACACGAAUUUACGAAAGUCCUCGAUGACCCAAACUUUUGCUCUUAUGGCCAGUUCGAUCGAACAUACAACCGGAAGGCUGCUUCAAUAUUCGAGUGAAAAUGCGAUAUCGGAACUCGUAGAUAAAGUUGAAGAAUCAGUGAGGCCACUGGACCAUUACUACUUGCACAAGUGCACACGUCUGUUGCUUUUCAAAGAAAUAGGAAGGGUGAAUAUUUUCAAUACGAUAAGAGACUACGAGAGGCGAUGUUUCGUGGUGUUAUCAAAAAUUCGUAGCUGUCAUGAGAUUGUCGAAAACCGUGAGCCGGAAAAGUUCGAUUUUCAAUCGAGCCAAUUCCAAGAUGACUAUAUUCGCCAUUUUAUUAUAACCUCAAUCGAGCCCGAAUACGUUCAAUUUGCUAUCGAAGCGGUGAUCUCCCAACGGGAUGUUUUGCACUGCCAAGACGAGUAUUUAGCCUACGAAAAAAUAGUCCGUUUGACGAUCGAAGCUGGUGUUCUUUGUCUGGAAUACCCUGGAGCGCAUUCGCCUGACGCUUUGGCAACACUGUUCAAAAGUCUCGCACGAUUCACGCGGAUGCUCGUGAAUCUUGAGAAAAUUUCUAACGACAAAAUCGAUCAAGGACUGCUCGUGAACUUUCGAAAUUUGGACGAGUCGAUUAAGCCAACGAUAUUUUCUUCCCUCUACACUAAUGCUGUUGUUGAAAUGAACAAUCGCGACUCUCGCGAAUCCGACUACGAAAAUUUGAAAGCUCUCGUUACGACGCUCGAUAAUUUUAGCAACAAGUGUCUCGAAAUUACUCGCAACGAGGUUACAUUCGAAGGGGCACCCUCUCACCAAGCUAGAAGAUUCAAAGUGGCUUUCGAUUUCAUUCAGGAAGUCACGAGUCCCACUUACGUUGAUGACAAUUAUUCAUCGCUAUCUAAAAUUUAUAAUCUAUUAUCUAUGAAACAAUCGCCCGAUGUACCUUGAGAGCUCAUUGUUACUGUAUUUUUGUUCGUUUAACAUGUGAUCAAACAAACGUUUUACUCUUAAAUAAUUUGUUCUCGUUACUUAAUUAAUGUCGAAGGAUGAAAGUCAAGAUCUCAGCAAACGCUUCCCUGAUAUAUAUGAGCAUACAAGUUUUUUUUUUUUUUUCAUUUUCAUAUAUUUAUUCUCACUUGUUCGAUUGUGAAAAAAUCUCGUUGAAUAAACUCGAGUGGAUUUUGGAACGAGUAGAAAAUUGGGUAAAUUUUAGUCACUCGUUCCAUUGAAAUCCAUUAAAAUUGUGAUUUAUUCGGUGACCGCAGUGAUUAUAGGUUACUCAUGGAUGAGAAUAACUUUUAUCGGAUUCUUCACAAUUGGUGAUCCACACUACCGACGGCGGCGCUCGCGUCUCUCGGAAAUAUGGCGUUAUUGGAUAGAAAUUUUGACAGUUGUGUACAAUUUAGUAUUGGAAACAUGACUCAGUCGUACUCGAAAAUUCGACAAAAUUAUGAAUACGCACAUUUUUUUGUUGAUAACCGCUGCAAAAACUACUCAAUGACAUUAAUAUUACGUGGCAGAGGCUGCCGCUGCUUUGCACUUCAGCAGCAGUUCGAGAAAAAUCCGCGAGGCGUCGCACGCUUCGUGUGCGUGCAUCGCCAAUUGUAAUGACAAAAGAGAUUUCAGUAAUCGAUUUAUAUUUAUAUGAGACCUUCGAUUCGGAGGUAUCUUACCAAGUGAGAAUAUUCUUUCUUAAGAAAAGAGAAGCAACGGUAAUAAAAAUAUUGUAAUAUAAACCGAUCGGCUAUUUUUUUUUCUCGCAUAUGAAUUCGACACAAAAGUCUUCGCACUUUUCUGCCUCAAAGCGUAUGACGGGUACGAUUUUUCACAUUUCCUUGCAAGUGGCUGCCGUGAUUUCCUCAUGAUCGAAAACAAUGCGCGUUUCUUCAAUAAUCCCUCACGUUUGUGCUCAAAUCUACGAGUAGUGAAGCGGUCGGAGUCGUUUGAAGGCGUCAAAAGAAAAAAAAAAAAGAGAAGCCACAAGUUCCUACCGCGAUACGACGGAGAAACGAGAUGGAAAGGCUGCGGCUGAAUACUUCUGUUUUCCUAUCUCUAGCUCUCGUUUUAUCACGUUUCAUUUCCUACGUAUUCAUAAAUAUAAAAACGUGGAUUUUGCGAGCUGCAUGCCCACAAUAAAAACAGAAUAAAUCGUUUUGUACGUAGAUAACAAUGAGUUACGACAAUAAUUUCUAUUGUACCCUCAACCUUGGGAGUCAGCCAAUCGAGGAAAAAAAACUAUCGACGCGGUGUUUAUCCGUAAAAAUAUAAUGAAGCAGCGAUUUCCAGGUGCGUCCGACAGAGUAAACCAUCCAUAACCAAGAGUGCCUGUCAAUCUAAUUUCAAAGUAUCUUUUUCUUUUCAUCCGACGUUUAUAUUUGUGCGAUAUUGACAAAAUGUCAUUACAAUGUGUAAUUACAAAAGAAAGGAAAAAAUAUGUUAUUUUUUUUAGUUUCAUAAAUACACGAAUUGUGAGAAAAAAAUGUGCAUCGCUUGUCGAGAUAUAAUUUGAAGGAGGACGAUGAGAAAAAUAAUGUAUAAACUUCGAGAGUGCUACGAUCAAUCGAUGACAUUGGAGUUGACAAGUUUUUUCUUCGAUCCCCCAUAACCGCACACUACUUUCGUUUAAUCUUGCCGUUAUAUACGUUUCUUCAAUAUUUAUUUUGUGCCAUUUAAAACGAACAAUAAAAUACAUCUUGUCUUUA